CUACUUCUGCGGCAGAAACCAAGCGCUCCUGGAGAGGAAGCGGUGCAGCAGGAGCCGAUUCGCUAAGCUAACCAUCUCCAUUUAAGCGAUUUUAAUCCGUCUUCGACAUGAAGGACGACUGAGGGGGUCUACAGUGAACUUCACUAAAACCCCCUUUACCGCUGAAACCUGCGGGCGGCGGACGUCAUUCGGAAACGCGACGGAGUAAUCCAGGCAGCCGUGCAGCUAAACUAGCUAGCGAGAUUAUAGCCACCGGAGCUGGUUGUGUUGUGGGAAUUUAACCGAAUAAGUCGGUCGUUUUGUUUGUUUUUCGGCACCUAGGUGUGAAUUAGAGGUUCGUAAAUGUUGACAUGGCCGAUAAACGUGGACUGAGGUCCGGGUUGUGUUGAUAAUCUGAGCGAGUUGGAUCUGAUUAGCUCAGUGAGCGAGAUCGCCCUGAACUCUGGACCGGACUGUAAACACGCAGACGUGCCGGGCGGCCGCGCGGUCUCUGUCCGUGUAGCGGUCGGGAGUAACGCUGAACACUCAAACGCAGCGCGACCCCGUUUCGGCUCUGACUCUGACCACAACAAGCCGCCCGCCGCCCGUCAGUCAGCCCCACCAAACUGGAUAAAACGUUGGAUCUGGUCGGGCUUAAACCGGGGUCGGCUGGAGCGCUGACCCCUCAGAAGAAGAUGAAGAAGCGCAAGGAGCUGAACGCCCUGAUAGGACUGGGCGACAGCAAGAGGAAGAAGACAAAGAAAGGCUCUGGACACCGGCUGCUGCGGACCGAACCGCCCGGAUCCGAGUCCGAGUCCAGCUCAGAGGACGACGAGUUCACCAGCCUCAGCGGCGCUGGAGCUUUCAGAAAAAGUUACACCCAGUGCUGCAGCAUCUGCUACCCCUUAUGUGUGUUUAUCAUUUUGGCUGCUUGUGUCAUGGCCUGUGCUGGACUGAUAUGGAUGCAGAUAGCACUUAAAGAAGAUUUGGACUCCUUGAAAGAAAAGCUUCGCACCAUGGAAUCGAGUCAGAAGGCUUCUUCACACGAAAUACCCAAGCUUGGUGAGGAGCUGAAGGCCAAACAGCACAUGUUGGAGGACAUGGAGAAAGGAGACAGGGGUUUGAAUAAACUGUGGUCCAAUCUUACUGAAAUUAACAGAAAGAUAAGUACACUGGACUCUGCUGUUAACCACCUGAAGGCAAACAUUAAAUCAGCAUCAGAUUUGAUUAGUCUGCCAACAACUGUGGAAGAGCUCCAGAAGAGUGUAGCUACAAUUGGAAGCACGCUUACUAGUGUUCAGCAUGAUGUGAAGAUGAUUCAGACUUUUAUAGAGGACCAGAAGAAAGGAGAGGACAAGCAGAAGACUCAAACGGACUCUUCAUUGACUGUGGACCAAGAUGAAAAUAGCAAAAACCUCAAUGAGGGGACGGAAACCAAUGGCAAUUCUGAUCCCACACAACCUUCAGGUUUGCACCCCACCCGACAUCCGCGGUUUCUGACUAAGAGCCGUGCCAAGAGAGAGAACUCGCCCAUACGACAGCGUCUAACGUUUCCAGGGGUUACCUCCGCUGAAGAUUUAGAGAAGCUCCUGCAAGCUCGACUGGGCUACAUCUCUGAAGGCGUGUCAUAUGAGGACUUGAGGAAGAUCUUUGGGUCGUCCACUCCAGACGCCCACCUACUCCAGCCUUAUGAUGUAGAUCGAGACCACAGGUAUACCUUGGAUGAGCUCCAGGCUGCUAUAGCUCUGUGAGCUGAGCCCUUGGCUUUUGUUAAUGGAUCAAAAUUGACUUCCUGAUCGUGAAACGGUCAUGAAGAACAUUAAGAUGAAGCAAGAACACUUGAGCCCUGAAUGAACAGCUGGACGACUCACUGCCUCAGUGGAUACUGUUCAGGUGGUGGCACCCAAUGACCGCUGCACUUUCCAAUUCAUUUAAAUCAGUGUUUGAGAGAGUUAAUUGGCUGAUGGCAGACGGAUCCUCUUUGCAUGCCAGCAACACAGGGUACGCGUCACCAGUUGAGCCGUUUACUUUGACACUGUCUUUCGGCGACAGCAGAUUUGACGCAAACGUUUACAGUGCUCUAAUUGACCUCAGAAGAAACGAUCUGAAGAUUCUUGAGCUAAAGGUGUGUGGGUUUGUUGUAGUACAUGUGAAUGUGAUGAAAAUUAAUACUUAAUCAGAAGCGAAUACUUAUAUUGCAGCUUCUUGCUGGCUGCUUUGAUGCCUAAACUUAAAAUAAGAGAAAAAUAACCCCUAGAUUUAUCCUCACAAAAUGUCACGCUCCCCACUUGUGAUUCUCUGAAUGUUUGUAGUCAUGUUUUUCUAUUUUUCUCUAAGUACACGAUGAUGCUGGAAGGACGUGUAGAGUAGGAAUUGUUUUUUUUUUUUUUUUUUUUGUCUUUUUUACUCCUCCUUAUUUAUACCUUAUUCUAUUAAAAUAUAUUCCCUUCUUAUCAUAAUCUGAAUUUACAAUUUGAAGGGCUAUGAAGAUGAGACGCUUUCUAAAUUAUUUAAUAUAAUUGUUCAUUCAGCUAAUGUAGCAAUAACGUAAUACUUUAUGGGCUGGUUUCCCCAGAUGCAGAUUCAAAGGUGUAAACAAAGUCAUUAAGAGUGGCCUGAUGAAAAAUGGUGGCUAAUUAGUGGUAAAUCUGAAUGGGACUCUUGCCUCACACCACCCUGCAUGCAAUUUUCUGCCAUGAAUGUAUUUAAAAUAAGCCAAAAUCUCGUCUCAAAACUAUCAGAAAAACAAUGUCUCAGGUAUCAGGCAGUGUAUUGAUAACCAUUUAAUGUAGUAACGUUCCGUAAAGUAGCUUUUAAAGACCUCCAGCGUCUGGUUUCCACCGCUUUGACCAAUACUGAGUUUUUCAAGAGCGCGUUUCACACAAAACCACUCUGAAUGACUUUGUUCGCAUCAUAACCAUCUAAUUAUACAGAUAUCUUCUAAAAAAAAAACUCAUUGGCGUUCCCAUUUAAGCCUAGACUAGACUAGAUGGGAUUUUAAUUGAGAAACCGCAUUGGCAUUGCAAUUUCAUCUAAGUGUAAAUUCAGUCCAUGUCAGACAAACUCGCCCCAGAGGCUUUUAUUCAGAACUGGUGUUUUACUCUGUGUUCUCCAAUAACGUAUUUAGGACAAGAGGGAUUAUCCUACACAGCUUGUCCUUUUGUGGGGGGAAGCAGGGCUAGACAGGUAGUGAAAAAACACUGCUUUGGUUUUGAGUGUAGUUUUUUUUUUUUUUUCUUGAUAAUGUUUCACGUACUGUCCAGUCACAGUAAACUGUCUAGUAAUGUAAAUAUAUGCAACACGGAUUAGCCUGAGUAUCAGCCUAAUGGCACUGGCACUGCUUUUGUCCAGGCAAACUGAAGGUGCUUCAUUUUUCCUCUAAUAUUGUCACCAUUUUCAUCCAGUCAGUGUUUCUAAUCUAGAUUACAGCAUGUAGAGGAGAGGAGCCAGGGCAACACAUUUUAUGCUACUUUCUGUUUGUAUUUUGGGUUCAGAGAAACAAACACUGGCUAUAACUCGCAUGACAGAAUGGCUUUUUAUUGUCAGACUGUUGAGGAGUAGGACGUCAUGUCAGCGGCUGCUGCUCAGGCUAAUUUUUAACUGCUUUAUGUAUUAAUAAAGGUUGUUCCUCUGAAGGGGUGGGUCGGAGAACCUGAUGGUGUAAAAUACUCAGCAUUGUACAUUGUAAUGAAUUCAGGUUUGCUCUGCAUUUUGCUUUUGACAUAACAUGUAUAAAAACCUAAUUUAUCUGAA